AUGCCUAAACGCAGCAAGUUGCUCCAGGCUCUGGAUGCCCACAAGGGCCGAGACUACGAUGCAGAGAAGCAGAGAAAAUUAGUCAAGGCCGCAGAGAAGAGAAAAGCGACAAAGAAGACGAAUUCAGGAGAUGGUGAGAAUAAGGAAGAGGGUACUGUUGAAACAAAUGGCAAGGCUCAAUCGGAGAAUUUGAAAUCCAAGAAGCGCAACGAUUCUGAAGAUGAAGUCGGAUCAAGCGACAAUGCGGAUGGAGAGUCGGAUAAAGAGGCUACCGUAGAAGCGGAAGACAGCGAGGAAGAUGAAAUUGACGAGGAGGAGGAGGGAGAAGAAGAAGAAGAAGAAGAAGAAGAAGACAUUCCUCUAUCCGACUUGUCCGAAGACGAAAGAGAGGAUGUGGUUCCUCACCAGCGCCUCACGAUCAAUAACUCUGCUGCUAUCAACACAUCUAUUAAACGCAUUUCGUUCAUCACCUCCCAGACGCCGUUUUCAGAGCACAAUUCGCUAGUCUCGAAAGAGCCGAUCGAAGUCCCCGACCCCAACGACGACCUGAACCGCGAGCUGGCUUUCUACAAGGUUUGCCAGGCUGCCGCUUCAGAGGCACGCCGCCUGUUGAAGAAGGAGGGUGUUCCGUUCACUCGGCCCGGCGACUAUUUUGCGGAGAUGGUCAAGACCGAUGAGCACAUGAGCAAGAUAAAGAAGAAGCUUUACGACGAAGCUGCUGCCAAGAAGGCUGCCGCGGAAGCUCGCAAGCAGCGGGAUCUGAAGAAGUUCGGAAAGCAGGUUCAAGUUGCCAAGUUGCAACAGAGACAGAAGGAGAAGCGCGAGACACUUGAGAAGAUCAAUGAGCUGAAGAAGAAGCGCAAGGCUGAUAAGUCUGGCAUUACGGACAAGGAUAACGAUCUAUUCGAUAUUGCCAUCGAAGACUCUGGCAAAUCCAACAGCCGCAAGCGCAGUCGCGGCAAUGAGAGCGGCGGACCCUCACUGAAGCGCCAGAAGAAGAAUGAAAAAUACGGCUUCGGUGGUAAGAAACGGCACGCCAAGAGUGGUGACGCUAUCUCUAGCGGAGACCUGCGUAACUUCUCAGUCAAGAAGAUGAAAGGUGGCUCCAAGAGACCUGGGAAAAGUAAGAGAGCGGCGGCAAAGGGCAGGUCCUAA